AUGUCCUCCCUCUCGCCCCGCGUCCCGCUGCUCCUUUUCUGUGUACUGCUGCUGCUAAGCACGCUCGCGCGUGCCAACUACGGCCACGAGAACAAGGAGCUAUCGCCGGACGCCAAACAAGUUCCACUGCGCGAGGACGACGCCGCCGUGCGCGCGGACGAUGAGGCCUUUCAUAAGGUGGAGACCGAGAAGGAGGCCCUCACGCGCAAGCUCAACGAGAUUCAGUCGCUGCAAACGCGCAUGUUCUCAAAGGCCGAGCUGCUGAAGAGGGUCACCGCCUUGAAGUCGAGAAUCUCGGUCAAGGUCCGCGAGGAGGGCCGCGUCAAGGAGGAGGAGACAAAGGCUGUGGAAAGCUUGCGGUUGGCAGAGCAGAAGAAGAAUGCCACCUUUGAUGAGAAGGAGCAUAUUGCGGAGGAGAGGAGAAAUAUUGAAAAGUUGUUGGUUGAUUUGAAGGCGGAGGGGGAGAAUUUCGAUACCGCAUUCUCCAAGAUGGAUGCGGAUAGGAAGAAGGCAGAUGCUCGGGAGAGGGAGCUUGAGAUGGAGAGGGAGAGGUUGAUGAAGAAAGUCGAGGGCUUGGUUACUAAGUUUCAGGAUAGUGGCUUUCACACAUGGCUCGAAAGGAAUGUCGAUAUUCUACACCCGAUCAUCAAGGAGACUAUACUGAAGACCACCAAUGCGUUUGAGCCUGUGUGGCGCGGCGUCGACGAGGCUGCCGAGCUGAACGAGCAGCUCACCAACGAGACUACAGAGGCGAUCAACCAGUAUCUUCCAGCCAUCAAGAACAGCCCCUUUUACUCUGGCCUUAUUUUCUACGUCAUCCUACUGUGUCCGACUGUCGUUGCCGCAUGGCUCGUUAUGAAGGUGCGCCAACGUCUCUCGCUCAUGACAGUGGAGCACUAUCUUAUUGCGAUCAACCUCUACUUCGGCUUACUGUCUGUCGUGUGCGUCGUCAUGACCGUGCUGAGUCGCACCGACAUUCUCAUCGUCUUCCGGCACCGGUCACAGCAUAUGGCAGAGUCGUUCAUGAUCCUGCAUGGCUUCCUUUUCGUCUGCCAUCUCGUCCUGCACGGCAUGACCGCCUACGUCUCCGGCGCGCUCAAGGACUUUGCCCAGUACAUUUGCAUGUCGUGCGUGGGGUUGCACUUUUUCAUGAACGCCUACAAGAGAACCAUUCUCAAUCAGGACCCUCACAUUGGCGCCCCUGCUUACGUCAUCUACUCGGUCAUCUUUUUGUAUACCCUUUAUGAUCGAGGUAGUUAUAUCAUUGAGGCGGCUGUUAAGGAUCGAAAGGCCGAUACUUCCGCGUUCGCGACAUAUCCGGACCAAUCGUACACACAUCAGAACCCAUCAUCGUCGAAGGAAGGUCGGGAUAAUCCUGUCUAUUUCGCUGGGCUCCCGAUUUUCUCAAGCUCCACACAGUCUGCGAUGAACGACGCCAAGACAAUCUGAAGCCAUGAGGUGGAGUAUGCUCGCUUUCUUACAGCUUGCCUAGACUGGCUGCCGUCUGGUGUGUACUUGCUAUCGGUCAUCGUGACCGGGUUAUGGGGGAAGCCCCUGCUGUAACACCGUAAAUUUCUGGCAUUCUGGGCGAUAAACCAUGAAUGCUAUCUUGCGUCCGUGUGGCAAAGUGUUGUCUGGGGCACGUCAGUCCUUCAUGCAAUCAAGCACCGAUCCUUCGAGAGGCUGGACGUACAGGGGGUUCGCAGCGCACGCGUUGCAGGAGAUAGCAAGUAUCGCAAUUGUAUGACAUGAUGUAGAUAACGAUUUGUGGCAACGUCGUAAAUAUUGCAUUGCUUUCU